AUGUCCGAGGCCACGGUAGUGGUGAUUGGAGCCGGAAUAGCUGGUUUAUCUGCUGCUAAGGAAUUGAUUGAAAAUGGUAUUACUGACGUAAAGCUGUUAGAAGCGAGUGACCGAAUUGGUGGACGUAUUUUACAGUGCAAAGUGGUAAACUCAGGUUUACUGGAGAUGGGAGCUAACUGGAUCCAUGGCACCAGCAAUAAUCCGGUACAUGCUCUGGCUGCACAACACCAACUAUUCAACAAGAAACUGUCUGUGACAAGGACUCAGUCUAAUGGAAUUCAAGCUUUGACAUCGCAAGGAACUCAGAUAGAUUCAGAUAUAGUGGAAAAAAUCGAACACUUUUAUUACAGUAGUCUUGAUGAAACCAAAACAUUCCAUGAAAAAAAUAAACAUUCUGAUAAGUCAUGUGAGCACAAUCAUACAGCAAGUGUUGGUGAAUUUUUGAACAAAACUAUAAUUGAUUAUUCAAAAUCAUAUUUUUUGACAAAACAGGAAAAAUCAUUUUACGAGUGUCUUUUAAACUUGGAAUGCUGCAUAAGCGGCUGUAAUUCAAUGAAUGAUGUGGCUUUGAUUCCAUUUGGGGAAUAUGUGGAAUUACCAGGAGAGCACAGGAUAUUACCAUCUGGGUAUGAGUCACUUAUCAAAGCCAUUCAAAAAGGAAUCCCCCAGGAGAAAAUUUGGAUUAAUAUGACAGUGUCAACAAUACAUUGGGGUUUAUCAAAGAUCACGUCAAGUAAGAUUGCUGAGUCUAACUCCGGAGAUAACGUUGAGGUUCCAAACAUCCAUCAUCAUAAUUGCCCAGUAUAUGUUCAGUGUGAAGAUGGAGUAACUCUUCCAGCUGAUCAUGUCAUUGUUACAUCUUCUCUUGGAUUCCUAAAAGAGCAUGUUGAGGAAUUCCUGGAUCCUCGUCUUCCAGAUGAUAAAAUCCAGGCAAUCCGGGCACUUGGUUUUGGCACAGUUGGCAAGAUUUAUUUGCAUUAUGAUGUCCCGUGGUGGUCAAAGAGUUUCACUUGCUUCCUGGUUUGGGAUGAGGACACUGAAAUUCAACCUGGUGAUGCAGUGAAACAACAGGGUCUAUGGUACCAUAAACUGUAUAGUUUUGGUGUUGUUGUGACUAAUCCUAAUGUUGUAGUUGGAUGGUUAGCCGGACAACAAGCAGAACAUAUGGAGACACUCUCAGAGAGUGAGGGUCUAUGGUACCAUAAACUGUAUAGUUUUGGUGUUGUUGUGACUAAUCCUAAUGUUGUAGUUGGAUGGUUAGCCGGACAACAAGCAGAACAUAUGGAGACACUCUCAGAGAGUGAGGUUGGCAUCACAUGUACAGCUAUUUUAAGGAAAUUCUUUUCACGAGAUGACAUACCUGAACCACAGAAAGUCAACCAGACCUCCUGGUACAGUAAUCCUUACACAAGGGGUUCAUAUUCAUAUGUUGCUGUGGGUUCCUCAGGAGAUGAUAUUGACAUAUUAUCAAAACCGUUACCAUACUCAGAACAUAUGACAAGUAGUACACAACACCAACUUCAAGUACUAUUUGCUGGAGAAGCCACUCAUCGCACAUUUUAUUCAACUACCCAUGGUGCAUUGCUCUCAGGUCAAAGGGAGGCUGACAGGAUAUUGUCCCUUUACAAGUCACAAAUUACCUCAAAGUAGUGAAUAGUAAAAAAAUAAUUAUAUGUUAAGCUCA